UGCCGCUUUAGGACUUCUUUGUUUCCUUUCAAUCGUCGAGGACUUAUAAAUGCCAAUGCUUUCAUCACAGAACCCCAAUUUCCGCUGAACACUGUAUUCAAGCUAGACCACAAUCUUGCUCACUUCCACACCGAGUUCUCCAUUUCCCCUUAUCAAAACUUGCAUUAUGUUAACUGGUCUCGAGAUUCCGAUAAUCGCAGCCGUGACUGGGAAAGCAAUAGCCACUUUCAAGUUCAGCCGCACCUCUGUAUUGAUAGACCAAACCCGGGACAUCUUGAAUGACGACCACAUCACAAAGUCACUCAUCCUCCUUUACGAAUUGAACCCAAAAUUGGCCUCAGAGAGUGAUGAUCGUCACAAACGAGCACGGGCCAUAUUCAACAACCUGGACCUCAUGAAGGGACGCAAAUACAUUCUCAUCCGACAUAUGAGUGCCCGUAACGCAAAAUCACUUGCUGCACUAUACAGAGAUGUAGUCAUGGACAACACUACGGAGGCCAAAAUUAAACAAGCACGGGAGAAGGCACGUAUGCGAGAGCAAAUGACGCACAACAAGGACAUUACGCAGACAAUCUCUAAUACCCGAGCUUCCGGGGAUCAUGCUAUUACUCAAACACCCAAGUACAUUAUCCAAACUUCUGAUAUGGCUGCGUUUGCAUAUCCCCGAGGCACCCCAAAAAAUCCCACUGUUUCCUGCCCAGUAGGCUCGAAACCCAUACUGCCAGAUGGUUUCAAAUUCGGAACUCUCGCAUACUACUAUCAGCCAUCACACGUCGCAAUGAUCAGUUCAGAUGAUAGUUCUUCCGCGACCCAAACAGAGGAAGACGAUCUAGUUCCGGUGAUUGAAAUUAGAGAUAUUCCAAAGUCUUCUCGAAGCGGUGUUGCUCAGGCAUCUUCUCAGGGUCAUAGACGGCAAUCUACAAACAGGGAAGAACUUGUGGAAGAUAUCAUCCGCGAAGAUUUGCAAGACAUCGCUGGCACAGCUCAUUUUAUUGGUACCUUGAGAGCUGCGAACGGGAGUGACGGUGACGUCGCUAGUAUCGCAACUACUUACCUGAGCUUCGAUGACACGAACACUGAGAGCGAGAGUAACUUUGACUCUGAUUACUGAUGGUCUAUAGUACAUUGUUAUCUUCAUUGAGUACUUGAUCCCUUACUAGGCCCUACGCUCCUUGUGUCAUUUAUCAUGUUUCUUUCUGUUUUUGCUCUCUAUCAUGCUAUCGUGCUUUCUUGAUGUUAUCCAUUGUUCCUGUAGCUAGUAAUGCUAUUAAUGUGCAUAACAAG